AUGGGUCUACAUGAUAAGAUCUAUCAAGAGAUGCAGAAGAAGUCCCAGGGAAUGGAGUUCAACGUCCCAAGCAGACCAAUUUGGACCGCCAUAACCCCAACCCCGGAAACCCCUGGAAACUAUGACCACGACGCCAUCUUCCAGGAGAACCUCCGUAAAAUUCAGGAAAUGCAAACCACCACCGCAGCCCCUUUAAACCCCUCCACCGAGAAGCUGGCCGAGAUCAAGCAGGUAGAGAGUGACAACGUCUUCCGAGAUAUCCUCUCUGUUUUUGAUGACGCUGAGAAGAAGGAAGAGGCCGUGGUAGAGAGUGACAACGUCUUCCGAGAUAUCCUCUCUGUUUUUGAUGACGCUGAGAAAAAGGAAGAGGCCGUGAGCACCACCACUGAGACCGUCCUCAAGGCCUCCGAAGACGACAAAUCGACUGAGGCACCCAAACUCCUGAAAGAACCAGUUAGCGACGUUGUCGACAGCGCUGCUCAGGUGGAAGCUUCAACUGAGAUCUUUAAAGCCGAAGACAUCCCGAAACCUGAGGAGAACAUCUUCAAAAUCGUCGAAGAAGCUAAGCCCGAGAUGAACAUCUUUAAACCAGAGCAGCCAAAGCCUGAGGAUAUCCAUGUCCCUGACCCAGAUGAGGACGAGGGACCACCUGGACCAGUUGUUGUUGAGGAUAGAUUCCCCCGUAUUGAGGAUAGAACCACCGUUCCAGUGGAAGCCUCAACCGCUGUGACCCCAGAACAGGAAACUGAUGAGGACAUGGAGCAUGACCCCCUGGCUGCCUUUUUAAGGUAAGG